GGCAGGUCUGCUAGCCUUUCAUCUUCCUCUCGCGCUCCUCCUCUUCCUUCCCCUCCCCCCGCCGCGGCGCGCCCGGCCUCCCCCGAGCCCCCAGCCCCACGCGGGCGCACGCCGGGUGGGUGGUCGCGGCGCCCGGGUCCUGGCGCGCGGUGCGGGGCACGGGCCGUGUAAGUUUCGCUGGCGCGCCCCGUGAGCCCCCGCCCCCCGCGCGCCCCCGGCCCAUCCCCGUCCCCGGAGGACUGUCGCUUGCGCCCGGGCGCGCGGCUGGCUGCCUCCUCGGCGGUGGCGGCGGCGGCCCCAUUAGCGGAGCCUCCGCCUGUGAUUGGCUUCGCCCGGGAAGCUGGAGACGGGCGAUGAAUAAUUGAUGUGUGCGGUGCGGUAGCCGGACGGCGGCGGCGGUGGCGGGCAGCAGCGAGCGGGAGAGCGGGAGCCGGAGCGCCCUCGGAGCGGGCAGCGCGGAGCGAGCGGGCACCGGAGCCGCCCGGGCCCCCGCGCCGCCGCCGCCGCCGCCCGGGCGCGGAGCAGGGAUGCAGGCGGCGCCCGCUGCCUGCGCGCAGCCUUUGUUCGGUGCCGGCUGAUCCCUGCCCGGAGGCGCUCUCCGCGGCUGCCCCUGGCCGGCCCCCAGCCCCCUGCGGGUGCCAGGGCGGGACCGCAGCCGGUGUAACUUCUAGCCCUGCUGUCCUCCUGGUGCGAGGAGCUCGGCCGCCUGCUGCUGCUCCGACAUCAGAAGAGCCGCCAGAGCGACCCCCCCGGGAAACUCCCCAUGCAGCCCCCCCUCAACUCCAUGAGCUCCAUGAAACCCACUCUGUCGCACAGUGAUGGGUCAUUCCCCUAUGACUCUGUCCCUUGGCAGCAGAACACCAACCAGCCUCCCGGCUCCCUCUCCGUGGUCACUACAGUUUGGGGAGUGACCAACACGUCCCAGAGCCAGGUCCUUGGGAACCCUAUGGCCAAUGCCAACAACCCCAUGAAUCCAGGCGGCAACCCCAUGGCGUCGGGCAUGACCACCAGCAACCCCGGCCUCAACUCCCCACAGUUUGCUGGGCAGCAGCAGCAGUUCUCGGCCAAGGCUGGCCCUGCUCAGCCCUACAUCCAGCAGAGCAUGUACGGCCGGCCCAACUACCCCGGCAGCGGGGGCUUCGGGGCCAGUUACCCUGGGGGUCCUAAUGCCCCUGCAGGCAUGGGCAUCCCUCCGCAUACCAGGCCACCUGCUGACUUCACUCAGCCAGCGGCUGCGGCCGCAGCAGCUGCAGUGGCAGCAGCGGCAGCCACGGCCACGGCCACAGCCACGGCCACUGUGGCAGCCUUGCAGGAGACGCAGAACAAGGAUAUAAACCAGUAUGGACCGGUCUGUUCCUCUUUCCAGAUGGGUCCCACCCAGGCGUAUAACAGCCAAUUCAUGAACCAGCCCGGGCCGCGGGGGCCUGCCUCCAUGGGGGGCAGCAUGAACCCUGCAAGCAUGGCGGCUGGCAUGACACCCUCGGGGAUGAGCGGCCCUCCCAUGGGCAUGAACCAGCCCCGGCCACCCGGCAUCAGCCCCUUUGGCACACACGGGCAGCGGAUGCCCCAGCAGACCUACCCGGGCCCCCGGCCCCAGUCCCUUCCCAUUCAAAGCAUAAAGAGGCCAUACCCAGGAGAGCCCAACUAUGGAAACCAGCAAUAUGGACCAAACAGCCAGUUCCCCACCCAGCCAGGCCAGUACCCCACCCCUACCCCCCCACGGCCACUCACUUCUCCCAACUACCCUGGGCAAAGGAUGCCCAGCCAGCCAAGUACCGGGCAGUACCCGCCCCCCACGGUCAACAUGGGGCAGUAUUACAAGCCAGAGCAGUUUAAUGGACAAAAUAACACCUUCUCGGGAAGCAGCUACAGUAACUACAGCCAAGGGAACGUCAGUAGGCCUCCCAGGCCAGUUCCGGUGGCAAAUUACCCCCACUCACCUGUUCCAGGAAAUCCCACGCCCCCCAUGACCCCUGGGAGCAGCAUCCCCCCGUACCUGUCCCCCAGUCAAGAUGUUAAACCACCCUUCCCGCCGGACAUCAAGCCAAAUAUGAGCGCUCUGCCGCCACCCCCAGCCAACCACAAUGACGAGCUGCGGCUCACGUUCCCUGUGCGGGAUGGUGUGGUGCUGGAGCCCUUCCGCCUCGAGCACAACCUGGCCGUCAGCAACCACGUCUUUCACCUGAGGCCCACGGUCCACCAGACGCUGAUGUGGAGGUCUGACCUGGAGCUGCAGUUCAAGUGCUACCACCACGAGGACCGCCAGAUGAACACCAACUGGCCGGCCUCGGUGCAGGUCAGCGUGAACGCCACGCCGCUCACCAUCGAGCGCGGCGACAACAAGACCUCCCACAAGCCCUUGCACCUCAAGCACGUGUGCCAGCCGGGCCGCAACACCAUCCAGAUCACCGUCACGGCCUGCUGCUGCUCCCACCUCUUCGUGCUGCAGCUGGUCCACCGGCCCUCCGUGCGCUCCGUGCUGCAAGGUCUCCUCAAGAAGCGCCUCCUGCCCGCAGAGCACUGCAUCACCAAAAUCAAGCGGAAUUUCAGCAGCGUGGCUGCCUCGUCGGGCAACACGACCCUCAACGGGGAGGAUGGCGUGGAGCAGACGGCCAUCAAGGUGUCUCUGAAGUGCCCCAUCACAUUCCGGCGCAUCCAGCUGCCUGCUCGAGGCCAUGACUGCAAGCACGUCCAGUGCUUUGACCUAGAGUCGUACCUGCAGCUGAACUGCGAGAGAGGGACCUGGAGGUGUCCUGUGUGCAAUAAAACUGCUCUGCUCGAGGGCCUGGAGGUGGACCAGUACAUGUGGGGCAUCCUGAACGCCAUCCAACACUCCGAGUUUGAAGAGGUCACCAUCGACCCCACGUGCAGCUGGCGGCCAGUGCCCAUCAAGUCAGACCUACACAUUAAGGAUGACCCUGAUGGUAUCCCCUCCAAGCGGUUCAAGACCAUGAGUCCCAGCCAGAUGAUCAUGCCCAAUGUCAUGGAGAUGAUCGCAGCUCUGGGCCCUGGCCCGUCCCCCUACCCUCUCCCACCUCCACCCGGGGGCACCAACUCCAACGACUACAGCAGCCAAGGCAACAACUACCAGGGCCAUGGCAACUUUGACUUCCCCCAUGGGAAUCCCGGCGGGACGUCCAUGAACGACUUCAUGCACGGGCCCCCUCAGCUCUCCCACCCUCCGGACAUGCCCAACAACAUGGCCGCCCUUGAGAAGCCCCUCAGUCACCCCAUGCAGGAAACUAUGCCACACGCUGGCAGUUCUGACCAGCCCCAUCCCUCCAUACAACAAGGUUUGCACGUCCCACACCCCAGCAGCCAGGCAGGGCCUCCAUUACAUCACAGUGGGGCUCCUCCUCCUCCUUCCCAGCCUCCCCGGCAACCGCCACAGGCCGCUCCCAGCAACCAUCCACACAGCGACCUGACCUUUAACCCCUCCUCAGCCUUAGAGGGUCAGGCCGGAGCGCAGGGAGCGUCUGACAUGCCGGAGCCUUCACUGGAUCUCCUUCCAGAACUCACAAAUCCCGACGAGCUCCUCUCGUACCUGGACCCCCCCGACCUGCCGAGCAAUAGUAACGAUGACCUCCUCUCUCUCUUUGAGAACAACUGAAGCCCACCCCUCCGUCGGGGCCAUCCCUCCCACUCUGCCUCCUUCCCAGUCUGUCCCACACACACUUUCCCGCUGGGAGCCCGUGCCCUCAGACCGCCCCUUCUGCGGCCUUCUCAGAGCGAGGGGGCGGGAGGGUGCACUGUGAAGGCUGUGUGGGUCUGGAGCCCACUCCCAGAGCAGGCCCCAGAGAAGACCCUCGCCAUGGGGAGCCAGCCCCCUGAGAGGCACACGCUGACAACGGCUCCCUGGUCCCUCUGUGUGUGCUGAUUCCAAAAGACCCUCCAGUGCCCCCAGGUUCUUCCAGUUUCUAAACUGUAACCCUGCCUCCCUGCUUCCUGGCCCAGAGCCUCCUUCAAGUGACUGUGAGCCUGAGAGAAGGCCCCCCCGAGACCCAGGCAGGCCCCGAGCCUUGGAGGAGCAGUGACGGUUAGCAGCAGUGAGAAUGGCCCGCCCACCACCACCACCCACCACAGAAAAGCACAAACCUCUGGGAAAGAGAACUCUCUCAGGGGCCAAGGUUGUCACUUUGACCCCUGACCUCUAAGCCCAGAUACCCUGUAAACACUCUCUCUCAGAGAGCAGAGAAAAAGGACAGGAUUCUGGGUUUGAGAGAGGGUGUGCCAUUCCUGCUUGGGCACGGGUGGGAAAGGGGGUCAGGGCCUCCUCAGAGCCAGGACAAUGCAGCGGAUGGCUCCGGGACCUUUGGACUGAGGCCAGGGCCCGGGAUUGAGGGCCAGAGAGAGAGCCCAGCUGAAAUUGUUGUGCCCUUAGUUGGGGGACAGGGGCUGCCGCCAGCCGGAGUCAAAUGGGAACGGCAACUUAGAACUUUGCUCCAAGCCACCCCGUUUUUAAACACAACUUAAAGCUACGAAGUCAUCUGGAGAAAAGGAAUGUUGGACUUGGACAGCAAGCAAACCAUUUCUCUCCAUUUGUUCUGUUUCCUUCCUCCUGCUCCCUCACCUCCCCAAGACUGUUACGAGGGACACCCACUUCCCUCUGUCCCACCUCCCCUUUGUCCACCCAGAUGGCAAGGUGGGAUGGUGGGAAGGCAGGGGAGAUGUGGGCUCAGGCGCGUGCGUGGGCUCAGCAGCAGGAUCCCCGGGCAUCGGUAUCUCCUCCCCAGCAGGAUCUCCCGCCCCCCUGUCCAUCCGUCUCUAUGCUCAAGGCUACUCCCUGCUCCAGCCCAGUCGGGCACCACAUGUGCGGGGAUGUACCGGAGAGCAUCGUGUGGUCUUUGUGGCUGCCUCAGAUGCUGCGCUUGGCUGGCAGCCUGUCCUUCCCUCUGUGUUUCUCUGCCCUCGAAAGCUCACCCCACACUCCUGCUCAGUCGAGCAGAAGCAGCCUCUGGUUUUCCCUCCACUGCUUGGCUCCAUCCGGCCUGCUGUUCUCGGAGUCUCCUGGGUAGCUUGUGUGUCCCUUUUGUUUCAGGCUCGUCUGUGCUCCCCUAAGCCGCAUGGCCUGUGAUGCUGCUGGGCUGUCGGGUCACUUGGGUCACGUCUGUAAACUCGUUGCGCCCUUCCUGCUGCUGCCUGGGGCCUCUCCCGCUCUCCCGUCCACUGUCUGUGUUCUCAGUCUCCGUCUCCCUCUCUGUGGCGGGUGGUCCCCAGCACUCCUCUGGAUUUGACCAGAACGGUGGCCCCAGCUGGUGACCUCAGCUGUUGACCUCCAGUCACCGUACCAGACGGCGGCACAAGGUUUUCCGUAGGACAGCUGCCAUGGCCUCCCCCGCGCCCUGCUUUUUUCCUUUGUCCUGUUGUUGAGGUUUUUUGAAACAGCGUGGUGUUCAGUAUGCAAAUCAAUUAUUUUAAGAAUUGCUUUUGUAAAUAUCUUUGUGAAUAUUUUAGUAUUGUCUUUGAUAAUAUUCAACAUUUUCAUGACCUGGUUAUAGCCUUUGCUGGUGUUUUUAAAAUACCUUGACUCAAUGACAAAAACGGAGUCCUUUUUUUUAAAAAACAACAAACAAAAACAAAAAAACCAGGGCUAUUUGUACAGAUGAAGGGACGAAGAACAUGGUGGCUGUACCGUGACUUAGAAGACCAGGCCGCCCACUGUUUAGAGCCAUCCCCAGUCGGCUGGUAGGGACACAACAAAGCCAGGUAGCACGUGGCUGUCCUUGCCCAGUGGCCGAUAGCCCCAGCAGGUGGCCACACUGUCGGGCCAUCUGGGAAUGUUCCGCCCAGACUGACUGACAGAUGCCUUCCUUAGAAGUUCCUGCUUCCUGUCGUGCUAUUUGUCCCAGAAAGGCCUGGGGUCCGUCUGGUUCUUACUGGGAGUUCCCACUCUGCUCGCUGACCUACCCCCAGCUUUCUGGUGCAGAGGGUCGACGUGCUCCCCGCAGCCUGGGCUCCAGGAGCCGUGGGCUCGGCACCGGAGGCAGGUUUCCUGGGUCCCCUCCCAAGCGAGCCUCCACCAGCAAGUUCGGCAAAGAGCUUUCCUGAACCGUGGUGCCUGAAGCCCGCGCUCUGGGGAUGUACUCUUCCAGAGUGAUUUUGGAGCCAGGCCAGGGGGUAAGGGAGGCAUGAAGGCAUCCAGGGCUGGGGCAAGCCCCAGCUGGUGACAGUUUCAGGUGACGACAGCCUCCCCGAGCAGGGGCGGUUCUGAACUCUGGGGAGAUGCUUCCCUGAUCCUUUCGGAUGACUACUUGGAGCCAUAAGUAACCUCAGCAAAAACGAGGCCUCAGCAAGCCACUUCUCCACGACAAGCAUCCACCCAGGCCAUAGACGUGUGUCUGCUGCCACUCCACCAGAUGGAUAGGGCGCCGCCGACAGGCGGGAAGGCCCAAGUACAGGCAAUCUCCCCAUCUUCUUGGUUUGAAGCUUUACCCAGGUAUCAUAUUCCCUGUAGCCAUUUUAUUUUUUAAGAAACUUCUAACCCUUUGUUCCUAACGUAAGCCCUAACCCCCCCAGAGAGCUACACGUCUGCUCCCUCCGCCUGACCCAUCCAGAUAGGGCGACAUCAGCAGCAGCGACUCAAGGGACGUGUGUACAUAUGUAAAUGAGAAAUAGAGACAUGUUAACAGAUGCAUUCAUUUUCCUUGGAAUGUGUAUUGUUUUUAUUUUAAGGAACAAAACAAACAAAAAAAAGGCUUGAACUCCAUCUUAACGUGGAAAAACUAGAUCCUGUUUGUUAGCGUCUGUGAGGUUCCUCCACAUUUGUCUCACUCAUGUAAGAUACUCUGACCCUGUGUGCAAAGGAGGUUUUGUUCUGUUUUGUUUUUAUUUUACCUACAUGUACUAUUUAGCUUCAGUGUACUAGUCCUGCCACCUGUGUAUUUUUAGGGUGCUAUGGAAAUAAUGAAAAGAAACGGGGAUUUCAGAGGAAAAUUGUAACCAAAUUCAUACUUUGUAUAAUUUUUGAUAUCAUGAUCGCAGGUGAUUCACACGUACCCAUAAACACACCCACAGUGCAGCCUGAAGUAACUCCCACAGAAACUCAUUGUCUUUGUACAUGUAUGUACAAUGCAACCAUUUCAUACUUUAAACUGGUCAAAAAACUAAUUGUGAUUUCUAGUCUUGCAAAGCUGUAUGUAGUUAGAUGAUGUGACAACCUCUAAUAUUUAUCUAAUAAAUAUGUAUUCAGAUGAAACCUGUA